GAAACUCCCGUCUGGGGAUCUACUUCCAAAAUGUUUUUGUUAGUUUCUUCCUAAUUUCUUAAAUUUCUAUUGUCCAAACAAAACACGAAACAAUUUAAGCUGUGUAAUUUCGAGGCUUCAAGCUCACCCCUAGGAAUGUUGGGCUCAUCUGAAUCUCGAGUUCCUAAAAUUUUAUCCCAAAUCUCCUUGAAGCCAAACAAGAUGAAUAGUACCUUCUAUCUGAACAAAGCCAAAGAAUGCUUUAAGAAUAACAAUUAUCCUGAUGCUUAUGAGAAUUUUGUCAAUUACUUUGAUAGUUUGGAUGACCCUUCGACUUCAACACCUGCAGUGCAGCUGGGUUUUACUAAGCUAGUUUGCCGAAUAGGGAUAGUUUUGGAAGAGGCGAAUGAUACUGAAGAGCUGUUAAAGAUAUAUUUGCAAGCCAUUAAUUUUUUUCCUAAUAAUUAUAUUAUCUUGAACAAUUUGGGAGGAUAUUUAUUUAAAAUGGGCCAAAUUGACAUAGCAAGAACAUACCUAGACAAAGCAGUUGCAUGUAGUAAAAAUUAUCUUCCAGCUGAAAAAAAUUUAAUGCAUUGCAAAUGGAGGCAAAUUCCAAGGUGGCAUUUUAAAAUGUUGAAUGAUGUAUGCAGGAAUUCUGCUUAUUAUGAGGCUAUUAAAAAAGUUAUUGGAAGAGGCUACAAAAACGUUAUUGACAUUGGCUCAGGCUGUGGAUUAUUAUCAUUAAUUGCAUCAGAAGAUCCAGAAGCCAGUGUCACUGCUAUAGAAGAAAACAAAACUUUAGCAAAAAUGUGCGAAAAUGUGAUGAAAGAAAAUCACAGGAGUAAUGUAAAAGUUUUAAAUUGCUAUUCAACGAAAUUGACAGAGGCACCUGCACCUUGUAAUCUACUUGUAACUGAAAUUUUCGAUUGUGCAUUGUUUGGAGAGCGGAUGCUCGAAACUUUGUUACAUGCGCACGAAGUACUGAUUACAGAAAAAAAUAAUUUUAAAAUUGUACCAUGUGGGGCCAGAGUAUACGCAGCUGCGAUAAACUACAAUGACUUUCAAAGUUUCCGCGUGACAAACGAAAUUAAGGAGUUGCAUUUGUCGCAAAUGUGUAUAAGACAAGUGGACGCGGAACCUUAUGAAGCGGAAGACUUAUCGAGGAAAAACAUUGAAUAUUUAUCAGUACCUGUGAAAGUAUUUGAUCUUGAUUUUUAUGACGUUUUGGAAAUGAAUGAUUUAGCCAAUGAUGAUCUAAAGGCGUAUUCCAGAUUUAUUGAAUUUGAGUGUCUUGAAGAUUCUACCUUGACCUCAAUCGCAGUCUGGUUUGAAUUGGAUUUAGACGAAGAAAUUACUAUUACCACGGACCCUAGAGUGGAACAGCGGGUAAAAUGUUGGGAACAGGCGGUAUGCCACCUGGUGCACCCUGUCAAAGUUAGUAGAGGUGAGACGGUGCAGUUUGAGGUGGCCCUCGUCGAUAGUCAAUUGAAGUUUUAUCAGAUUACAAAACCUGAUGAAUGUGUGUCAUGUUGGUUAGUAUCGAAAGACGUUGUGUCGUUUUUGAACGAUAAAGUUCUAGUAAAGGAGAUGUUAAAACUUUCGUAUAAGUUUCAGCAGGCUGACUUGGUUAAGAGAAUUGGGGACCUGAAUAAACCAAUAAUGGACCUUAUGCCGUUUCCGCUUUUGGGUUUCACCCUGGCAGCCACCCUACAAGUAAAAUUCUACACGGCGAUCAAAACCGUACCGGAAUUUCAUUACGUCGAUUUUUUUGAUCAUAUCCUGACAAUCAAUAACAUUCCGCAGGGUAAAAUGGUUGUUGUGGAAAAUAAAAUGGGUCACAAUUCGGCCAUGUGUGGCAUACUUAAGUACAUGAAGGAGUGUAAGGCUUGUCUUAUCGAUCCUGUUAGUAGCGACGGAUCGAUCAAUCCUAUCAUACAACUUAAGGAAAAAAUCCGAUCAGAUCAACCGGAUAUUUUUAUGAUGCCUCUUAAAGUCACCGUGAAAAUUGUCCUGAUUUAUUCCGACCAAUUGGAAACGUGGAACGUGGUCAAUGAUCAAAACGUUUUUAACUAUAAAAUCGCUAAGUUUAUGAACGAAUAUACCGGAUAUGAACACCCUGAUUUAGAUUCUGACUUCACGUAUACCGAUUACUCCAAUCCGAUCACGUUCACGGUGGACGAUAAGGAUUACGUGAAGAAAACCCAAAAUAUUUUGGUAACAAAGACCGGCCACAUUAAUGGCUUAUAUACAUGGUACGAGAUGCAGUUUUAUAGUAAUAUCGAUUUUUCGGCUAAAAAUAGUUCACACAUAAAGAAAAGCUGCUAUCUACUAGAACAUCGUCCAGUCGAAUUAGGUGAUUUAUUUAGGGUAGUUAUGCGUAGAGAGGGAACAUACAUCGAUUUUCGCCUCGAAGAAUAAAAACAAACUCUGACUACAACCGAUGGUUUCUGUGUGUCCCUUUUUACUGUGCAACUUGAUUGGUUUUUGGUUAAUCGGUGUAGAUAGUGUAAAUAAGGUUUUCAGAAGUAAUUUAAAUAUUUAUAAUUAACGGAUUUCUUGUUGUAAAUAAGAAUAAGUGUUUUCUAAAGGGUCCUAUUAACAUUCCAUAAGUUUUAACAUAUGCUCGAAAAAUUACGGUAUAACGUGUACAGGGUAGAACAAAAGCACUGAACAGUAUUGAACUAUCAUAUGUCACUUUUUAUGAUUCUUUUUACUAUAUGUUAUUUAAAAAUUACUGAAAUUGUUCUUUUUUGGCUCAUUUAAGUAUUACAUAUAGGUUUUUUAAUGUUUUUGGUAAGGUCACUGUAAUCCUUUUUAAAUCAUCAUUGUGAGAAAAAUAUAUGUUAUUAAGUUUU